AACAGAGCAGUUGUUCACCGCCUUGUUCCCCGCUUUCACCUUCAGUCUUGAAUAUAAUGGUCCCUUUUCAGCUAGAAUGGUGGCGUACACGUUAAACACUGUGCAUCACACCCCUUACAUGUGACACAUCAUCCCAGCUGCAGCUCUACCGUGAACACAAAAUCAUAUAUGUUUCUGCUCCAGCUCCCCAGGAUGGGGUUCAGACUGUGUGCAUCCAAAGCCCUGCACUACAGUGCCAGGGCUUUGACUUUAACAAGGACUUCCACUUGUCUUCCACAUAUCUCAGCCCACUGGCCUGUACCCUGUAGUCGCUCUUACUCCAGUAGCAUUAAGGUGCGCCCCUAUCUUCAGUACGUGAAACGCAAGAUCAUACCUCCUCCCAGUCCUCCGUACUGCCACGUGUGCCAGGUAGGGGACCCAGUGCUGCGUUCACAUGCUGCUGCUGUUGACCCUGCAGCUAUAACAGGCCCUGAGAUCCAAAAGGUCAUCAACACUAUGGUGAAAGUGAUGCGGCAGCUUGAGUGUGUGGGACUUAGUGCACCUCAGGUCGGGGUGCCACUACGGAUCUUGGCCCUUGAAUAUCCAGAGAAGAUGUUGAGAGAGAGUUCGCCUGCAUCGAGGGAGGCCCGUGGUCUUUCCAUGCAGCCCCUGAGGAUCUUUGUCAACCCCCAGCUGAGGGUCCUCGAUGGGCGGAGUGUGGUCUUUCAGGAGGCCUGUGAGAGCAUCUCAGGCUUCUCUGCUACAGUUCCUCGCUACCUGUCUGUAGAAGUGUCCGGUCUGAACGAGAAGGGUGAAGCUGUCACAUGGCAGGCCAGUGGCUGGCCCGCUCGUAUCCUCCAACACGAGAUGGACCACCUGGAUGGGAUCCUCUACAUCGACCGUAUGGACAGCAAAACUUUCAUCAACAUCAACUGGCAGGCACACAAUGAAUAGAAGAUCCUCAGGAUGGACCACAAACCACACGAAGAAUACCUAAAACUGAUGAUGUGCAAUGAUUUAAGUUUAUCUCUACACCAUCUCUGAUCAGCCUACAUUGUGUUGGUGAACGCUGCUAUUUUGAGCACAUGGUGUCUUUUUAUCUUUCUGGUAUUGAAAUAUUAUGGUUCGUGGUUCUGGUUUGAACAAAAGCUCAGUAUCAGGAUCAUAAUGAACUGCCUCAUCUGGAAAUCCAUCACUGGAAGUUUUUUUUCUGCUGAGCAGAAAUCCCAAAGCAAUUAUGACCACUUUGAAGUGCAAGCCAAGAGAGCCAUGUUCUAUGAUGAAUAAAGAGGUCGAUAUAUUCAUGAUGAAAUGAGUGAAUCAUGAAUGUCUGCACCAUCACAGUGAAUGAAUGCAACUCUGAUACUACUUAGCAAAGGAAAGGGGGUGGAACAAAGGGUAUUGCCUAUUUUUCUCAAAGACUUCUUUUUGUUUAACUCGUCUAAAACUGGUCAUUUUCCUGGUUUUACAUGAGAAUGGACAAAUGGAUGAAUCUACAUGAAGUUAAUCCAGGACAGGGACUCAGGACGUGUCUGGAACAUGAGCAGGCAUGACCCAGGAAAACAGGUGGUCUUAACAGUGUUAGAAAUGGUUCAGUUGUCUGGUCACUUAACUUGUAUCCAGGUUUCAUUUUUCUGUAUGUCAGUCUUAAUGACUUACAUGUCCCCUUGUGUCACUAAAAUGUUAAUCAUAAUGUGUUCAUA